CAAAACGGAAAUGAAAACGGAAAUGAAAGCAAGACCAGUUAGCAGAAGCGCCCAACACGAAGUGCUUUACUAGGCCUACUUGAACACAAAACGUGAUGCCCCGUAAAUAAUUGAAUGGGUACGCUUUAUGGCGGCAAUAGAUAUAUAUAUAUAUAGGUCGGGGCCCACUCAAUCUCAAACAGAGCUUUCUGAAUUCCAGAUUUAUUCCCGCCAAACUCACUCUCUCUCUCGAUUAAGGUACGCUUCUCUCUCUUCUAAAUUAUAGUUAAGUGAUAGAUCCAAGAGCUAUAUAUGGUUACAGAUUCAUUUGUGUAUUUUAUUCUCUAUAUUUGGGUUUCGAUUACUAGAAAUUAGGGCACAAUAUUGCAUUCAGAAUCGUUGAAUUUACUUUCAUGUGUUUAAAUGGGUAUUGCUCGAAACCCUAGAUCCUGGAAUUACCGGGAUUCACAUUCUUGAUAUGUAAUUCUGGCAAAGGGUUGGUUGAGCUUCAAAUAUUAAAUCUCAAAUUCUCAAGGAGCAAGGUCAAAUUCGUUUAAUUUAACCCGGAGAAUUCUCAAAUUUUCGAAAUUGGAUUGUCAAUUUGGAAGAGUUGAACUGACGAGAGUGUGGUGCAGAAUUUUAACUGGCUGGUCAUUUGUGUUUCGGGUUUUGUUUUGCUCAGGUUAUUAUGAAAUCUAUGUUUUGGGUAGAAAAUUGCUGGAAACAAUUUGGAUAAUAUGUGUGAGAAAGGGCAGUGUAGCUUUCGUGUUAUUCAAACGAUAUAGUCUCUUGUUUCAUAUGGAAGAAAACGAGAAACGGAAAAUUACAAAAAGUUGGAAUACUCCUGGUGUGAUAAAAAUAUGUAUAUUUUUUUGCUUACACCAGUUAAUUAGUUCUUUCUUGGUAUCCUAUUUUGUUGAAGCCCGAAAAGAUGCAUUAUUGUCUUACUUACGAGAGGGACCGUGUGACAGUAGGCUAAAGAUCGGUGAAGCCAAACCAGCAUGAAAGCUUCUAGAGAAACAAACAGGAAGGUGAUCAAGAUUCCUGUAGAGGGAAGAGCACGUAUAGGAAGUACCAUGAGAGAACAGAGAUUUACAGGGAGAACUACCCGAGUCUGCCACAAAGCAACAGGGCAAGGUGGCAAUUUCUUGGUUGAAAUGGACGAGAAUCCCGAAGGCAUGUGUCUGGAGCUUCCUGACAUAGGUGUGCCCUUUUUAGGAACAAUAAAGAGACUGCCUGUUCUUGAGUGUUAUCAAGGGCAAAAACUUCUUCCGCAGUCAAAGAUCAAGUUGCAGCUUUUCCCUGUAAAUGAAGCCACCCGCAUAGGAUUGGAAAAGGAUGGACAUCAUCCAUAUUUAGAACUCAUUCUUAGACCACGGAAGAAGAUUACUUCUGUACUAAAGCACCUUAAUGAUAAGUGGGGCAGAUCAAGCAUUGCUUUUGAGUUCUAUUCCCAUAUAAGAUGCCCGACAGUAUGUCUAGUAACAGAAGAUGGACACUGAAUGAUGGCAAUAUUAGUGCCGGAGCGGUCUAUGCAGCUUUUGGAAGCCCUGCAGUUUUUCGCUUAAGGUAUGGCUGGUUCUCUACUGAACCUAAAACUGCUUAUCAACCUUCUACAUCAGCUAAUGACUUACGAUCUGAAGGCGAGCAGAGAUGUAGAAGCCCCGCAACAGAGAAUGUUAUUGAUGAAUUAUGGAAACAUACUGCUUUAGCAACAAAAGAUUUCAAAUCAAAUGAUGCAAGUGAAACAAUAAAUGCAGAUACUGAGAAGAUUUCUACUGGAGCUGUUGAUCCCAGGGACAAUAUUCAGAGGAGGAUGGGUAACCAUGCUCAGGAACCACUUUUGAUUGACAGUGUAACUAAUAUAAGCGUUGGAGGCCUACUUUCUGAAGCAUCCUUACAGGCCAAGUUCAAUAGCAGUAAAGAAAAACAAAUUGGGAAAAAUGAAGGCUUUUAUCCUACUGAAAUAAAAAAUGAUUCAAAGUCAUUUGUGUCGUGGGAUUGUCCAUCUAUGAGCAUUGGUGGCCUCCUGUCUGAAGCAUCCUUGCAGGGCAAGCUCAAUGGAUCUGAUGCACAACCAGUUGAGAGCAAUGCAGGCUUGCCACCAACUCAAGGUCAAAGGCCAUCCACUCAUGACUCAUGCUUAUCUAUUUUUGACGCCAAAGAAACGUGCCGUGCAUUUCCUUCUCAAAAGUUCUCUUCGUCGGGAAAAGAUGUUCUGGGGUUUGGUGGAAGUCGUGGAUGUUUCAACCAGAAUCCUGUUUCUAAACUAUUCAAGUUCCCUGAUGAAGCCAAGGUUUGCUGAGUUCUAAUAGUUCAUUUCAUUCUGUUAUUGCAACUGUGCUGUUUAACCAGUUGUGGCUUCCGUCUCGUUUAAAUAACUAUGAUUUGAAUACCAGAUUUUGGAUUGGUAUGACAAUAGAUCGUCCUAUUCUAUAAAUAUUACAAUUUGGAUGUUAAAUAAAUAUGAAAUUGUUUUAAUUGGUAGUCAGAACUUGUCUUGAAUGAACUGUGCUGAAUCUCUAGUAUAUUGAAGUGUUGAAAGUUUCGGAAUGUCUCGACAUUGAAGGGUGUUAUAACCUUUGAUGUGUUGGUUAACUGAGUUAUCAAAUUUCUCCGUCGUUUACUUUUUUAUAUUGUUAAGACUUAAAGAACCUUAAUCAGCUGUUUGGUUUGGUAGACCUUUCUAAAUUUUACUGAUCAGAACAAGACUAACAUCAACAGAUUGCUUGGGUUUUUUUUAGGGAUGUGCUGUCCACACACCCCUUUUUACUUCAUACGCACCCACUUAAUUUGCGGCCAUCGGGUCAACUAAAUUAAAGAAGAUCAAAAGACAUAAACUAACAAGGGGUGUGUGAGAAGUAAAAAAUGGUGUGUGGAUAGCAGACCCCUUUUUUUAAUCUGUGUAAGACUAUAUGGUGAGGCAAUUUUAGGCUACAUAAUUCUCACUAGUAUCUUACCAAAGUAAUUAGUAUAAAGGCUUUGUCAAGAUUUUAAACAGCAUGUAGCUGUGUUCCUUGCCGGGGGAUAUGGACUCGCUUGGCCCUUUCAAGCCGUUGAAGUAAAACAAGAAGAAUCUCAGUCGGAUGUU